CAGAUGCUCAGUGACGGGCUGACCAGGUAGAGUGGAUAAGCCAACAGGUCCACCCACGGGGAAAUCCGAAGACACCAUGCUGUGGACAAAGCUUAUCAUAUUAGGAUGCCUGCAACUGAUUGUUGCGGCGUUGGAAGAGAAUACGGUGGAAAUAGAUUUACGCUUGGGAUAUGUCCGUGGUUACAGCCCUUACAUUACAUUCCUGAAGAGUCCCGAACCCUCGCGGACAGACGAGUGUGACUGUCAGGCUGCUGUCAAACUUGACCUCUCCUCAAAAUACAAAGGAGUAAAAUUCCACCUGCAUUACGGCCAAGUUCCUCAACUUUGGACGUUUCACGUAUCCGACUCUGCCAGUGGGGACGGAUACGGUGAAGAUGUUACUAGUAGUAAUAAUGCCGAGGCUCAUAUCCAUAAUAGACAACUCCGUGUUUACGGCAAUAAACUACCUGGUUACAUGGAUGCCACGAUUAAUGGUGGAGCGCUGCUGAGGAUAGUGGAUAGAGUGGUGAAGAAUGGAACCAAGACCGUUGUUGACGUGUCGGACGAACGAAUUCAAUGGAUUGACGAUGGCAAUAAACAUGUGAUCGAGUCCAAGUUUCUGUUCGCUUUGAGCGGGCAGAAAUCUUUGUCUGGUUUGGUGGAUUAUGAUUUAUAUGCUGGCUUCAAUCGCGUAGUUGGGGGACAAUUCCGAAACGGUUCUGGACUCUGUAUGGCCAAGAUUAUUCUGUAUGAAGGCGGUAAUGAAUGUGAAAAAGGAACGCACAACUGUCAUAAAGAUGCAAUCUGCGUGAACACCCGCCGGUCGUAUAUCUGUCGCUGUAAGCCGGGGUUCGACGGAUCGGGCAAAAUCUGCGUGGACACAAAUGAGUGCGCCAGAAACAAUGGAGGUUGUGUACAUUCCUGUCACAACACACCUGGACGCUACAGCUGUAGCUGUUUGCCAGGAUUCAAACUCACAUCAGAUGGGCACAACUGUCUAGACAUAGAUGAGUGCAGGCUGAACAGAGGGGCGUGUAGGGGUGGCCAGUGUGUGAAUACAGUAGGCAGUUAUCAGUGUCAUUGUCCAAACGGGCAGAUAUCAGACAACUGUCUGUCAGGAUCUUGGUGCCAAAAUCUUUUUGGUUGUGCCCAUUAUUGUAGUGGGGACGGCAGUUGUUCUUGUAGAACAGGAUACAGAUUACACGUGGACAAGCGAGACUGUAUUCCCACGUGUAGUUUUGGGAACGGAGGUUGUCAGCAUCACUGCACUGAUUCAGUGAAUGGUCCUGUCUGCAGCUGUGCGCCAGAAUAUAUAGGGCUUAACGGCAACAAAACUUGUAUAGGCUCCUGUGGAGUAGACAAUGGCGGCUGUCAGCGGAAGUGUGACGAUACUCCUACAGGACCUGUGUGCUCCUGUCCUAAAGGCUUCACUCUACAUCAUGAUGGGAAAAACUGCACAGAUAUGGACGAGUGUAAGGUUAACGGGGGAGGAUGCAGUCAUACGUGUGUGAACACGUACGGGAGUUAUGAGUGUGUCUGUCCAAAGGGCUACAAAGUUACCCUGGACGAAAAGACCUGCAAAGACAUUGACGAAUGUGGGAUGAACUCGACGUGCGACCAUCUCUGUGUGAACACGCCCGGGGGCUAUCAUUGCCAGUGUAGGGCGGGCUACCAGCUGUACGGGAUGACACACUGCGCAGAUGUGAACGAGUGCAGCAUCAAUAAUGGUGGAUGUCAACACAAGUGUCAGAACAAGGAGGGAGGUUAUCGUUGUUCUUGUGAGACCGGCAGUGCUCUCCACCCCAACAGAAAGGACUGUGUCGUCUACAAACGAUGUCUUCCGCUAAAGGCUCCCGCCAAAGUGGAUUUAAAAUGCAGCCAGACUGUCGACGGCCAACAGUGUGAAUUUCGCUGUCAUAGCAACGCCCAUUUCACGGCGGUGUCUUCCCAAACAUUAAUCGUGUAUAAGUGCGGACCGUCCACCGGUUAUCAGUGGUCCCAAGGAAAUAACACCACUUCUCUACCAAGCUGUUCAGACGCAGUUCAGCCACCCAAGAUGCUGAGGAAAGCCCGGUUCAGGUUUGCCGCUAAGCAAUGUGACGUGAAAGAGGAAAAUAAAUUCCAGUUCGUUGAGAGUCUGAAAAGAGAGAUUCUAGUUAAGAAGAGAUAUCGCUGCACAGAUCAUUGCAACUUAAAGUUUGUCACAUUUAAAUGUGCCAAUAGACGGAAGAAAAGAGGGCGGUCAAGUAGUGAAGACAAUACCUUAGUAACAGCGGAGUUCGAGCUGCAAGUCAGUCCGAAUCUUCCUUCAGAGAAAUGUAAUUUGGAAUGUGUGAAAAGACGUACCAAGAAAAAACUGAAACAAACAAUUAAAAAACUGAAACGGUCGAUUAACCGGGAUAGAUUUUACAUCAUGUUUGAAAACAACCGCCACAAAGUCACCAAAAAAUCUUUUAAGGCCUCAAGACUUAAAAUGGCCUGCAGACCUGGAGAGGUCCUUGCCAACGCUAGAUGUGUGGCUUGCAGCAUGGGCACGUUUUAUGAGGACGUUAGCAGGAGUUGUCUACCCUGCCCGGAAGGCACUUACCAGGAUGAGGAGGGCCAGAUGACAUGUAAACAAUGUAAAAAGAGAAUCCACGGAUCAGGCAUGCUGGGGGCCAAAAGCGCCUUUGAAUGUGAUUCUGUGUGUGAGCCGGGUUAUUAUUCGGAGGACGGAAGUAAGCCAUGUAAAGCCUGUUCUCUGGGGUACUACCAGGAGGACUAUGGCCGUACCAGCUGUGUGCCGUGCGGGCCCGGGAUUCGAACCUCCGGCUACGCCUCAAGGCGCUUCCAGGACUGUAUCGUCACAGAUGUAUGCUCACCCGGUUACUACUACGAGAAGUCUCGCGAGAUGUGUGUACCGUGUCCUAUAGGGAAAUAUCAGCCUCAGUCUGGCCAGAACUUUUGCAUCAACUGUCCUGGUGCAACGAUAACGGAUUUCCCCGGUGCUAACAACAGCUCGCAAUGCAAAGACAGAGAGUGCGGAGGAGUUUUUGAAGAGUUCCAGGGUUAUAUUCAGAGUCCGAACUACCCCGGCAAUUACCCGAACAACGUAGAGUGCGUGUGGACGAUCAAGCCCGCUAAAGGUCGCCGUAUCCUGGUGAUCAUCCCGGAGAUAUUUCUGCGCGGGGAGGACAAGUGUGGGGACCAGCUUGUCAUGAGAAAAGCCGCUCCUGCCACCUCCCUUCUAACACACGAGAGUUGCAAGACCUCCGAAACCCCCAUAGCUUUCACAGCCCGAUCCCGCAAGUUAUGGAUUCAGUUCAAGUCAGAUGCGAAGAACACGGCGGCUGGGUUCUCUAUUCCUUAUGUUACAUAUAAUGAGGAAUACCAGGGUCUGAUAGAGGACAUUGUCAGAGACAGCCGGCUAUAUAGUUCACAUCAACACAGAGAAAUACUGAAGGAUAGGAAGCUUUUAGCAGCCCUCCUGGAGGUGAUUGCUAUGCCCUACAACUAUUUUAAGUAUGUGAAUGUAUCACGGACUAUGGUGCCUAGAUCUUUCAUUCGGUUGCUGACUCCAAAAGUGCGGAAAUUCUUCGAAGGUUAGCUGGCCUGUAUGUGUAUAUAUGUGUUUUGUUGGAGGAGGUCACGAGGUACCCAGUUGUGGAGAAGAUACCAGCCAAGCUGUCUCUUCACGGACCCCUGGGGAAGUGUUCUACCAGGAGGUUAAUGUCUUUGUCUAUAUUUGUAUGUUGUGAUGUGGACCGUAAUGUAUGCAAGUUAAAUUGCCUAAAUAAGACAGCAUUGACAAUGUGCCUCUGCUGUAACAGACUGCUUUUCGCGUAUCUGAAGACAUGAGCUUAGAGAUGUUGAAGGUAAUCAAGGAAGGCCAUAGCGGAAAGAUGGCUGUUUGGACAGACCUACAUGGUCUUACACCGGACAGUACUGAUGCCACUUGUAGAGACAACUGAUGAACUGACACUGUGGACAAGUGCGCCUUUAAGGAGAAUGUUUCGGUGGGACUUGCUAUAAGAAUUUCCAUUACUGUAUUGUUUGACAACAUUUCAGUUCUGCAGUUGUUAACGUCUGACCAUCAUAUUGCCUUGUAAAUGGGGUCACUCGUCAACAACGUCACACUUGGUAAAUGUAUGUUUGUUAAUGGCUUUGUACGGAGUAAAAUUGACACAGACCGAAACUUCAAAAGUUUUCGUCAGUUUCAUGCAGACCAAUGUAAUCGUGUUUGCACUGUUAUCUCUUAUUUUCACAUCGCUAUUCCUGUAAUAAUCUUUCGAUUUGUUAUUGACGUCACUGAGUAACACAGCUGUUUCGAUCAAAUUCCUAUCACUUCGGAAUAAUUUAAAUGUCUGUUCCUCCACCAUAUGAGCCUGUAAUCAUAUAAAAUUUACCUUCAUAAUGACUUUAUUAAUAAGAGGUUAGCGGCAGUAGGUGUUUUUUCUCCAUACACUAGAAACUCACACAUGUUCAUGGUAUCCCUAUGAUCAUGGCAUCUCCUGAUACCAUGUUCAGGGUAUCUCCAUGUUCAUGGUAUCUCGUGAGACAAUGUUCAUGGUAUCACCAUGUUUAUGGUAUCGAUGUGUUUAUGGUAUGGCAAGGCUCAUGGCAUCCAGUGUUCAUGAUAGCCACAUGUUUGUGAUACCGCCAUAUUCAUGGUACCGCCAUGUUUGUGGUAUACCCAUUUUCGUGGUCUCGCCAUGUUUAUGAUCUCCCCAUAAAAAAUCCGCUGCUUUCUGUGCAGUGUUCCCAAAUUAUUGUCUCUAAAUCUAAAUCUCAGUUUAUAACCCCUUUGACCUGUAUAGUACAAUACAGGUGUGUAGCACAAAGUGUGUUCAUGUAGUUGAUAUUUACAUUAGCAAGUGCCAUCAUUGUUCGGUUACAAGGCAAUCGACGAAGUUGCCACAUAGUGGACAAUUAAUGAAGUCUUUACUAGUUUGGUCUCUCUUGAUUAAUUACUACCCACAUGUUAAAGGCAUUAAAUAAUGUCCAUAUUUUAUUUCUUCACAAUUACAUAAUUACCUAACUAUAAUGAAUGGGAUGAUCUUCCUUACAUUUUUCUUUUCUAUUUGCUACUGUAAAUGGUUGCCAUGUGUCUAUAAUCAAAAUGGAUAUCUGUUUAUUUAAUUUGGCUUUUUUGCAAGGACGUAACAUUAUCUGCAAGCCCACUUUCCUGAGGCCCUGACGCGGAUUUUGUUUAUUUAUCUUCUGCUUUGUUCAUUAUCCACUUUGUCAGAUUUAACUUUACUAGAACACAGCAGUAAUCGACAAGCUUGGAUUGUGUUGACUUUGCCUCAGCUGUAUUCUAUGAAGAUAGGACAUUCAAUCUUGUACUCUCUCCAUAAUGAUGUGAGUAUUAAAAUUUGAUGAGAGAUUUGACAUUUUGAAGUCUUUCAUUUAGGAAGUAAAAUUAAUGAUGAAUAAUAAAAA